UAAUGACGUGGCGAUAUUUGUUUGCAUUAUUAGAUCAAACAAGCUUCUCAGAUUCAAUAAAAUUCAUCAUUCCAGUGAUUCCAUCUCUCCUACGUUAAAUCAAUCUCUACUUCUUCUUCUUCUCAUCGCGUUUACAGGGAGGAUUGUAAGGAUGAUGAGUGCAACCAUCAGGCGGAAAGCUUUGUCUCUGUGUUCGUCUGCUGUAGCGAAUAAUGGCAUUGUACAAUCAUUGGAGAGGACCCAACCUGCAUUAGCAGGAUCCGCAUCACGAGGAUAUCUUGCUGGUAUCCCAAUGUUUGAGGGAUUUGGAAAAAAAUCAAAACUAGUACCGGAAUUUCAUCAAGGCGCUCCUGUUUAUUCAAAACCCUUGAGGGACGUUGUAUCAUCACGUAAAACAGAUUUUCCGACCCAUACGUGGAGUAGAUCUUUCUUUACACACAGUGAACCUGCUAAAAUAGAGAAGAUAGUCAACACCUCGGUCAAAAGGACACACACUGCCCCUGCUUAUUUUACUGCAACGGGUGCUGUGGCUGGAAGUGUUUUAAGUACUCCCAUUGUAAAUGCUCCACAGGCGGCUAAACUGGGCAUGGGGUCGACAGUCUCACCAACUUUCCUACCCAAUCUUGCUUUAUUCUGGCAUAUAAACAACGGCAUUGAGGAGAUUCUGGCGGAUUAUGUUCACCAUGAAAUGACUCGCAGCUUGGUCUUGGUGAUGAUGAGACUCUUCCUUAUAGUUGCAGCAAAAGAUGUUUUUGUGGCUACAAAUUGAAUCUGUCGUUUUCGGAAUCCAUAGGUUUGAUCGACAAUCAUCUUCUUUUAUGUAUGUUAAAGAAGGUGAACAUGCUGAAUAAAUAUUAGUCCUAGAAAGUUGUAGGACUCAUGAAUGAUUCUGUUUUGAGUGUUUUGGUUUGGCUGAUGGAAUCGUUUUAAUUUGAAGUUUUGACUUUUUUUUAAAAA